GGCGGUGGGAGGGGCGGACCCCUCGUCCUUAGGCGCUGCGUGCUGGGGUGGCUGUUGUGCGCAGCUCUCCGGCUGCCGCGGGAACAUGGCGACGCUGAAGGCCGUGUGCGUGAUGAAGGGGGAUGGCCCCGUGCAUGGCGUCAUCCACUUCCAGCAGCAGGGUAGUGGACCAGUAAAAGUUACUGGAAGAAUCAGUGGCUUGGCUGAUGGAGAUCAUGGCUUCCAUGUCCAUGAAUUUGGUGACAAUACAAAUGGGUGUACCAGUGCAGGUUCUCACUUCAAUCCUGAAGGCAAGCAGCAUGGUGGACCAAGUGAUGCAGAAAGGCAUGUGGGAGACCUUGGCAAUGUGACUGCUAAAGGUGGAGUGGCAGAAGUGGAAAUAGAAGAUCCCAUCAUUUCUCUUAGCGGGCCACAUAGCAUCAUUGGACGUACCAUGGUGGUCCAUGAAAAAUGCGAUGACCUGGGUAGAGGGGGAGAUAAUGAGAGCAAAUUAACUGGAAAUGCUGGACCUCGUUUAGCUUGUGGUGUAAUUGGAAUAGCCAAGAGCUAAGUAUUGUACCUGAAAUGCUUACGGUGACAGUGAUAAACGGGCUGUAUGUCACUGCAAAUGCUGUACUUGCCCUUCCUUGUGUAAGCAGAAGAUUUAUCACUUAACUUCAUUACUACUCUGCAAAACCGACUUGAUUUUAUAUGAUGUAUAUUGCAAUUAAAGUGACCCCAAUGGAAUGCCUCUGUAGUCUUCUGCUAAAGCAUCUGCUGUAACCAUUAAGUAUAAUCUUCACUAACUGGAACUCCUGUUCUGUGUAAUGGAAGAUGUUUAGUAGUGAUCACAUCCUGAACACCAAAACUUCUAGUCUGAUUUGGAGGAUUAGCCUGACAAGCUGUAGCAAGGCUACUCACUGAAGAGCAGUAGCACUGUAUGUAUUGGGGCUUCCUCCUGGCAAAGUUGCAGCAUUUGUAGGUUUCAAACUUGUGUAAUAAACUUGCUGGGCAAAUA